AAAAGAGCUUUUCGCACUAUCGUCCUUCCCCCAUGGCAGUACCUGCAUCCUUCAACAUUCUUGACCUUACAGGCAAGUUUGUCAUGAACAAGUCUCUCAGCGACCCUCAUGAAGGUAUCCUUGCUGCUCAAGGCGUGGGAUGGGUGACACGCAAGGCCAUUGGACUCGCUACAAUUACCCUCGACAUCAAGCACUACAAAGAUGCCGACGACAUCGAACACAUUGACAUCGAUCAGACUCUUACUGGUGGUAUUAAAGGCACUCGUGAAGAGCGUACUCUUUGGUGGAAAGAGAGAGAGAAUACAGAUCACAUCUUUGGACCAAUUAUUGGAAAGUCCAGAAGAGUGAAGGAUUUGAGCCUGGUGGAGCCUGCCGAUGUAUGGCUCAGGAAUGGCUGGACUGCUGACUCACUUGAGUAUGGCUUGGUAGAGUCUUACGUGGAAAGCGAUACCCCCAAGAGCGGAAGAGUCUGGCUUGCUAUCCAGGUGAACUCUUAUAAUCAGCUUUGCCUUCUCUGCUACUCAUCGGUGCCAACUUAGCUGUGGGGGGUCGAAGAAAUCAACGGUGAACGUCGAUACAGUAGACACGUUCAUUUCACUGGACCCGACGAAACCGUUAUUAAGGCCCGUCUCGUUUAUGAUUAUGUCGGUCCCUUGAACUAGUGAAUAAUAUCUGAACGUGUAAAUUAUCUUAUCAGUUUAUAUCAUAACAUCACACAAGAAUAGGCAUACAUAGCUUUAUGCAGCAGCACAUUUCACAGGGCCA